AUGUUUUGUCGGAAUGUUGCCGGAAAGGGCUGUAAAUUAUUUCGUCUAUAUCAUUCGAAUCCUAUCGAACACGUCAAACCAAUCCAUGUUAAACCUUUAACUUAUGGGAAGGAAUCACCCCAGUAUAGAGUAUUGUCACUAGCUCUACAAAAGUUCGUUCCCAAGCACGGUUUCUCUGAAAGAUCCAUAGUUGAGUCUCUAAAUGAGCUCGGCUAUCCUUCUUCCAUGAUCUCGUCAAUAGGUGCUCCCAACUCGCCCUCUUUUUUCCAUUCUUCCACCGCCGUCAUGGAACUCAUAAAAUUCCAGUUGGUAGAUAAAAGAUGCCGUUUAACUGAAGGACUCAACCCCGACGUAAGUCCACAAUACAAACUACCUUCGUUGGAACAUUUGUUGUUGAAAAGAUUGGAUAUGGAUAAGCCAAUUGGCGGGCAUUUAUCAGAACUAAUGUCACAAUUGGCUAUUCCAAGCGCCUUUCUCUUUGAAACUGCGAUUCCUGAACUACACAGAUUGUCAGAUGAUAUGAUUUAUUUUUCUAACGAGAAAGACCACCAUGAUUCUGCAUGGUAUGCUAAGAGAUUGGCUGUUUCGAGCACCUACAUUGGUUCAAAAUUAUUCAUGGCUCAAGAUAACUCCCACAAUUACAAAGAAACGUUUGCUUUUGCAAAGGAUAAAUUGCAUAGAGUUAUGCGUUUAGGUGAGUACUAUAACAAUACGGAAGAGUUUGCUUGGUACACGUUAAUGUCCGCUGUUAAUUUAAUCAAAUCUCAGCUGGUUAGGGGUUAA